AUGGCCUCUAUCUAUCUCCUAGACCAAACUUCGGACCGGCCUGGCCAGACGAAGCCAGUGUUCGUAAAUGAGAUCAGGGCCGAGGACUAUCUGAUCGAGACACACAAGAUCAGAGUUCGCGACACCAAGAACGCAAUGACCAGUGCAUGCGACGAUGGUUAUACUUUGGACAAUGAUCACUCUGGCUGCGACUUUCGACCUGCGCCCGCCUCUUUACUUUUCUUCAUGUUACUGGACUACCACUGCUACCCCAAACCGUCACUGGGAUGUAGCUUCGAGAGCUGUCUCAUGAUGACAGCCACACCACGCGAAGCGAAGAACAUAUGCUGCGAGCCUGCUGCCUUCGGCGGCCACAGAGUGCCAUCCGACAAGAGUUUCCGACACCUCACCAAGAGACAGUUCUCGGAGCAGGACGAGAACUGGCCCUCUCCUCGGCCCGCCGCUUUCCACCCACCUCCCACCCGCCACCCAUUCGUGUCUGAUUUUGCGAUAAAGAACAAGUACCGUAUAGAGCCACAAAGCGAGUACAAUGGGCGGUGGGUGGAAAGCAGCGGGCCGAGACGCUCGCACUAUGCGUGCGUCCGCCCCAAGAACAAUCUAGUUAAGGUUCUGAGCUACGUUUGUGGGGACCGGCCUGUGCAAGGCGGCCGCGAUGAAGAAUCCAACGACUCUUCUACAAUCCGAGGUGACAGUGAGCCGCCUAACCCCUGGAUCUAUAUACCUGAGGGAGACGAGGACUUGUACGGCGAUGGACAGGACGUGUCUCCACCUCUAGCUCAUGCAGCUCCAGCUCAUGAAGCUUCAGUAGGCGCCAACCAUCAUCAACCAUCAAUGCCUAGCAUCCAAGGGAUGCUCCAAGGCGAUACCGUGUGGCAACAAGGGUUACGAAGAAAUCUUGAGGACCUUGUGUCAAAGCUAUCCUCGUGCCAUAUCGUCCGCAAAACAACAGUGAACUCCAAUGAAUAG